CCGCCGCCAGCCGCGAUUGGCCCGGCCCGGCCCGGCUCGGCCCCCUCCGGGGGGGGCCCGGCCCGCUGCCCCCCUCUCCGAGCCUCGCUUUUAAGCCCCCGGUGCCGGCGGGAGUGCUCGGCUCUACCGGCGGCGAUGAGUCCCGGCGCGCCCUGAGCACGGACCAGGUCAAGGAUGGUCCCUGUGAUGGGGGAUGCCGCCUGCUGGGUCCUGCUCGGGCUCUCCCUCCUCCCCAUCGCCGUCCUGGGCUCGCAGGACGAGGGGAAGGUGAUCCACAUCACCAGGGUGCAGCACCAGGCGGUGCGCGUGGGGCUGGGGGAGCCCGUGACGCUGCCCUGCCUCUUCCUCCUGCACCCCUCGGCCUCGCUGGGGCCCAACGAGCCCCCGGAGCCGCCCCGCGUCAAAUGGAGCAAGGUGCGCUCGGCCACCGGCCAGAGGGAGGACGUGCCCAUCCUGGUGGCCAAGGAGAACGCGGUGAAGGUGGUGAAAGCCUACGAGGGCCGAGUGGCGCUGCCCGGCUACGCCCGUGACCGCUCCAACGCCACGCUGCAGCUGCGGGCGGCCCGUGCCAGCGACGCGGGGCUCUACCGCUGCGAGGUGGUGGCCGGCAUCGACGACGAGCAGGACCUGCUGCCGCUGGAGGUGACGGGCGUUGUGUUCCACUACCGGCCCGCGGGCGAGCGCUACGCGCUGAGCUUCCCCGCCGCUCGCCGCGCCUGUCGCGACAACUCCGCCGUCAUCGCCUCCCCGCAGCACCUCCAGGCCGCCUUCGAGGACGGCUACGACAACUGCGACGCGGGCUGGCUGAGCGACCAGAGCGUGCGGUACCCCAUCACGCUGUCCCGGCCCGGCUGCUACGGAGACCGCGAGAGCCACCCCGGCGUGCGCAGCUACGGCCGCAGGGAGCCCGCCGAGCUCUACGACGUCUACUGCUACUCCCGGGAGCUGCGAGGGACCGUGUUCUACGCCUCGGUGCCGGGGCGCUUCACCUGGCAGGGAGCCCGCCGGCACUGCCGGGGCCGCGGGGCAUCGCUGGCCACCACGGGCCAGCUGUACCUGGCGUGGCGAGAGGGGCUGGACCAGUGCGACCCGGGCUGGCUGGCCGACGGCAGCGUGCGCUACCCCAUCCGGCAGCCGCGCAGGAAGUGCGGGGGCGAGGCCCCGGGGGUGCGGACCCUCUACCAGUUCCCAAACCGCACCGGUUUCCCCGCCGCCUCCAAAUUCGACGCCUACUGCUACAAAGCCGCGGAGCACAGGGACACGGAGCAGCCGGUGCCGCCGGUGCCACCCACGCCCGACCCGCCGGGCAGCGACAACGUGCUGGUGGAGCGCAGCGAGGACCCGGGCACAUCGGGGGACACCCGCGACACCCCCCGCGACCGCUACGACCUCCUGCCACCGCCGGGCGACGAUGAGGACGAGCAGCUGCGGCCGGCCAGCGGCAGCCCGGUGGCACAGCGCGGUGACCUCCCGGGCACCGCCCCGGCACCGGCACCGGCGGCUCCAGGGCCGGGGACGGGCGGUGCGACAUCCCCGCCGCCCACCGCGGCCACCUCGCUGGCGUGGCCCCACGAGGAGGAGGCUCUCAACGUGGUGGAUCCGGAGAGCUCCCGGCGGGACCCUCCCAGCACCAGCCCGGCCCAAGGAGACCCUGCGGGACCCCCGGCCACCCUCCCGUCACAUCCCCAAAGCCCAGCCCUGGAGCGCAGCGCCGGCUCGUCCUUGUCACCACCCGGGCUGGGGACAGUCCCCAGCGCGGCCCCGGAGACCCCCAGCACCCCCCCGGGCAGCUCCAGCGCCCCGAGGAGGAGCUACCCCGGGCUCAACGGGCGCCACUUCCAGUUCCAGCGGCACAGCCGGGACCCCGCGGCGGCAGCUGGGGACACCGCGGUGACAGCGGGGAUUGUCACCCAGGCCCCCGUGCUGGCGCAGGAGGUGAAGGGAGCCGCAGCCAACGCCGUGGAGCUGUGGAGCCCCCCCCGAGCCGGCAGCGAGAGCCCCCGGCGGGAGGGUCCCCACGCGUCCCCCAACGCGCUGGAGGAGGACAUCAGCCCGGUGAGUGACACCGGACACGGCCGGCGGUCCCGGCGCGGUCGCCUCUCGGUGACCCCAUGGCGGCGCCGUCUCUUGCAGAGCUCGUGGCCCCGGCCACCGCCCCGGUGUCCCUCUCGCCGGCGCCGAGGGAUUCAGCGACCCCCGCGGGGACCCCGCCCGUGCCGUCCCCGUCUCUCGCCACUCCCCGCGACGCUCGGGACCACCGGGACACCCCCGCGGGUGGGGCUCAGCCCCGCGUCCCCAGCGCCCGCGGGGACUCCCCGAGGCCACCCACGGAUGCCCCCGAGGACUUCUCCGGGGACACCCCGCCCCAGGAGGGCGGUGGCUCCGUGCCCCCGCUGCCCCCGCUGCCCCCGGCCCCGCUGGUGGCCGAGGGUCCCGAGCUGUCCCCGCAGCCCCGCGGGGACGGCGGGGACGGCAGCGGGGCCCCGGGCGACGGCGCGCUGGAGAGCCGAGCCCAGCAGCGAAGCAGCCGCGUCCCCCCCGGCCUGGGACGUCCCCUCACCGUCCCCUUCGCCCACGGCCACCGAGGCGGUGCUGUGGGCCAGCACCGAGCGGCCGGAGGAGCUGGCGGUGCUGGAGCCGGUGGCCGAGGAGGGCCCCCCAACUAUCCCCGGAGACGAGGACGCUCCACCAGCCCCCGGCGAGGAGGACGCCUCCGGGGAGGACAGGAGGGAGGAGCCCCCCGCGCCCCUCGGCUCGGCCACCCGCGGGCCCUGGCCCGGCAGCGGGGAGGAGCCGGCGCUGGACGAGCGGGAGCUGCUGGCCUGGGGGGGCACCGGCAACGCCAGCGGGCACGGUGAGCUGCGGGCACCGGGGCCGGUGGCCGCGGGGAGAACGGGAGGUCUUGAGGCGGAGCCUGGCUCAGGGCACCGCUGCCGCCCCGCAGCGCCGCCGGACCCGUGCCAGAACAAACCGUGCCUGCACGGCGGGACGAGCCGUGCCAACGGCACCGUGUGCGGCUGCAGCUGCGCCCCGGGCUUCACCGCGCGAGAACUGCGAGAUCGCUCCGGUGUCCCCGCAGACGUCGACGACUGCCUGUCCAGCCCGUGCCAGAACGGCGGCACGUGCAUCGACGAGGUCAACUCCUUCGUGUGCCUCUGCCUGCCCAGCUACGGCGGCAGCCGCUGCGAGAAAGGGCCACUGCUACCGCUACUUCGCCGCCGGCGCUCCUGGGAGGACGCGGAGCGCGACUGCCGGCGCCGGGCCGGGCACCUCACCAGCAUCCACUCGCAGGAGGAGCACGCCUUCAUCAACGGUGGGCCGGGGUCCCCAGGGGCCCCCUCCCGGGUGCUGCUCGCCUCCUCCGUGCGAGCCGCGGGUGCCUCUCCCCCAGGCUUCGGCCACGAGAACACCUGGAUCGGCCUCAACGACCGCAUCGUGGAGCAGGACUUCCAGUGGACCGACAACACCGGCUUGCAAUACGAGAACUGGCGGGAGAACCAACCCGACAACUUCUUCGCGGGCGGCGAGGACUGCGUGGUGCUCGUGUCCACGAGAUCGGCAAUGCUGUGCGGGCCCCCCCCGGAGGUGCCGAACGCUUUCCCGGUGGGGAAGAAGAAGGAGAAGUACAACAUCCACUCCAGCGUGCGCUACCAGUGCCACGAGGGCUUCACCCAGCGCCACGUGCCCACCAUCAAGUGCCACAGCACCGCAAGGACCGUGUUCUACGCCUCGGUGCCGGGCUUCACCUGGCAGGGAGCCCGCCGGCACUGCCGGGGCCGCGGGGCAUCGCUGGCCACCACGGGCCAGCUGUACCUGGCGUGGCGAGAGGGGCUGGACCAGUGCGACCCGGGCUGGCUGGCCGACGGCAGCGUGCGCUACCCCAUCCGGCAGCCGCGCAGGAAGUGCGGGGGCGAGGCCCCGGGGGUGCGGACCCUCUACCAGUUCCCAAACCGCACCGGUUUCCCCCCCGCCGCCUCCAAAUUCGACGCCUACUGCUACAAAGCCGCGGAGCACAGGGACACGGAGCAGCCGGUGCCGCCGGUGCCACCCACACCCGACCCGCCGGGCAGCGACAACGUGCUGGUGGAGCGCAGCGAGGACCCGGGCACAUCGGGGGACACCCGCGACACCCCCCGCGACCGCUACGACCUCCUGCCACCGCCGGGCGACGAUGAGGACGAGCAGCUGCGGCCGGCCAGCGGCAGCCCGGUGGCACAGCGCGGUGACCUCCCGGGCACCGCCCCGGCACCGGCACCGGCGGCUCCAGGGCCGGGGACGGGCGGUGCGACAUCCCCGCCGCCCACCGCGGCCACCUCGCUGGCGUGGCCCCACGAGGAGGAGGCUCUCAACGUGGUGGAUCCGGAGAGCUCCCGGCGGGACCCUCCCAGCACCAGCCCGGCCCAAGGAGACCCUGCGGGACCCCGCACCCUCCCGUCACAUCCCCAAAGCCCAGCCCUGGAGCGCAGCGCCGGCUCGUCCUUGUCACCGCCCGGGUUGGGGACAGUCCCCAGCGCGGCCCCGGAGACCCCCAGCACCCCCCGGGGCAGCUCCAGCGCCCCGAGGAGGAGCUACCCCGGGCUCAACGGGCGCCACUUCCAGUUCCAGCGGCACAGCCGGGACCCCGCGGCGGCAGCUGACACCGCGGUGACAGCGGGGAUUGUCACCCAGGCCCCCGUGCUGGCGCAGGAGGUGAAGGGAGCCGCAGCCAACGCCGUGGAGCUGUGGAGCCCCCCCCGAGCCGGCAGCGAGAGCCCCCCCCGCGGAGGGUCCCCACGCGUCCCCAACGCGCUGGAGGAGGACAUCAGCCCCGAGCUCGUGGCCCCGGCCACCGCCCCGGUGUCCCUCUCGCCGGCGCCGAGGGAUUCAGCGACCCCCGCGGGGACCCCGCCCGUGCCGUCCCCGUCUCUCGCCACUCCCCGCGACGCUCGGGACCACCGGGACACCCCCCGCGGGUGGGGCUCAGCCCCGCGUCCCAGCGCCCGCGGGGACUCCCCGAGGCCACCCACGGAUGCCCCCGAGGACUUCUCCGGGGACACCCCGCCCCAGGAGGGCGGUGGCUCCGUGCCCCCGCUGCCCCCGCUGCCCCCGGCCCCGCUGGUGGCCGAGGGUCCCGAGCUGUCCCCGCAGCCCCGCGGGGACGGCGGGGACGGCAGCGGGGCCCCGGGCGACGGCGCGCUGGAGAGGCAGAGGAAGGCGGUGACAUUCCUGCAGCCUGAGGGUCCCUCCGAGGGACACCCUGCCACCCCCCGGCCACACCGAGGGGGCUCCUCCCGGGCCCGGGCCCGGUCCGGCCCCGCGGCUCCCCACGGGGCGGCCGAGCCCGGCCAGGAGCAGCCGGAGGAAUCCAGGGAUGUUGGGAAUGGCGCAGCCGAGCCCAGCAGCGAAGCAGCCGCGUCCCCCCCGGCCUGGGACGUCCCCUCACCGUCCCCUUCGCCCACGGCCACCGAGGCGGUGCUGUGGGCCAGCACCGAGCGGCCGGAGGAGCUGGCGGUGCUGGAGCCGGUGGCCGAGGAGGGGUCCACAGGCUUCGCUCCCCCAGACCCACAGCCCACCCAGCGCUCCGAGCCGGAGCCGGCAGCCGAGCAGCUCCUCCUGUCCCCCCCGGACCCCCGGCAGCCCCCCGCCACCCCCAGCCCCCCAACUAUCCCCGGAGACGAGGAUGCUCCACCAGCCCCCGGCGAGGAGGACGCCUCCGGGGAGGACAGGAGGGAGGAGCCCCCCGCGCCCCUCGGCUCGGCCACCCGCGGGCCCUGGCCGUCCCCCAGUGCCCCCCAGCCCGGGGGGACAGAGCCCGCCGUGUCCCCGAGCGCGGGGCUGCUCCUGGAGCCCUCCGCGGAGCCGGAGCCGGGGGGCCCGGGGGGGUCCCCACUGCUGGAUGCCGACAGCGGCAGCGGGGAGGAGCCGGCGCUGGACGAGCGGGAGCUGCUGGCCUGGGGGGGCACCGGCAACGCCAGCGGGCACGCGCCGCCGGACCCGUGCCAGAACAACCCGUGCCUGCACGGCGGGACGAGCCGUGCCAACGGCACCGUGUGCGGCUGCAGCUGCGCCCCGGGCUUCACCGGCGAGAACUGCGAGAUCGACGUCGACGACUGCCUGUCCAGCCCGUGCCAGAACGGCGGCACGUGCAUCGACGAGGUCAACUCCUUCGUGUGCCUCUGCCUGCCCAGCUACGGCGGCAGCCGCUGCGAGAAAGACACGGAGGGCUGCGACCACAACUGGCACAAGUUCCAGGGCCACUGCUACCGCUACUUCGCCCGCCGGCGCUCCUGGGAGGACGCGGAGCGCGACUGCCGGCGCCGGGCCGGGCACCUCACCAGCAUCCACUCGCAGGAGGAGCACGCCUUCAUCAACGGCUUCGGCCACGAGAACACCUGGAUCGGCCUCAACGACCGCAUCGUGGAGCAGGACUUCCAGUGGACCGACAACACCGGCUUGCAAUACGAGAACUGGCGGGAGAACCAACCCGACAACUUCUUCGCGGGCGGCGAGGACUGCGUGGUGCUCGUGUCCCACGAGAUCGGCAAGUGGAACGACGUGCCCUGCAACUACAACCUGCCCUACAUCUGCAAGAAAGGCACAGUGCUGUGCGGGCCCCCCCCGGAGGUGCCGAACGCUUUCCCGGUGGGGAAGAAGAAGGAGAAGUACAACAUCCACUCCAGCGUGCGCUACCAGUGCCACGAGGGCUUCACCCAGCGCCACGUGCCCACCAUCAAGUGCCACAGCACCGGCAAGUGGGACCGGCCCAGAAUCCUCUGCACAAAACGCGGUCGCACCGAGCGCGGCGGCACCGGCGGCACCGGCACAGCCACCCGCACCACCAGCACCACCACCACAAACCCCGCAAGGAGCGGCGAAAACACCGCCAGCACCUCCGGCUGGACUGGAUGGAGGAGGGCCACUACUUCUAGAGCCGGGCGAGCACAAAGGGGUCUCCCCGGGGGAUGUGGUGGCGUCCCCCGUCCCUGUCCCACCCCCUCCCCGCCCCCCUUUUUUAGCCCCCCUUUUGGCUUUAGCUCCUUAGGAUGCCCGGCCCCGUAGGGAAUAGGAUCCGGAGGGGGCGGCUGCGUGUGCGUCCCCAGCCCUCCCUGCAUGCCCCACGCUCAGCCCCCCGGCCCGGGCUGGAGCCCCCAGCCCCGCGCGCAGGGACCCCCCCAAGCUGGGCUCUGUCCCUGUCCCCAAAUCGGGGGUGAAUCAGGCAGCCCCCCCCCGUCCCACCCGGGGUGGCUCUGGUUUUUUAGCAGCCCCCCCCCCCCCAUUUCCCUGCCCCAGCACCCCGGGGCGUCCCCGCGGCCGGCACGGGUGGGGCGGGGGGGGGACACGGUGGCCGCGGGGUCCCCGUCCCGCUCCGCGCCUGCUUUUGGGGGUGCUCGGUUUGGUUCUGUCCCCUUUCCGUUCGUUUCGGGUCCCCGUUGGAGUUGCGUGUGUGUGUGUGUACGGCGCUUUCCGACCUCUGCUGUUUGCGACGUGACUGCCGUGUCCCCACCCCCUCCCCGACCCCCCUCCUGACGCCCCCUCCCCAUUUCUGACUCUGCCUUUCUGUACUGCUGGACAUUUUAAUAAAUUUUUUUAACAGUU